GCUCAUCUAUGUAACAUGAAAACACAACAUUAACUUAAAGUGCCCGUGUUAACACAUGCAUCUCAAAAACACAGGUGCCUCGUGUCUUGGAAAAAAAAAUGACUUCAAAUUCUUACUGUUGGUUAAACUUACUUUUGAUUGAGUACUUUUUGGCUGCCCCACGAAUGUGGGCCUUUCGGGCCUUGGGACAUUUCGAGGAGCGAGUCCCGCUGCUGUAUUCUCCUGUCUUUAAGUAGUGGAAAAUUUCCUCAUAAAAGUCGUCCAUGGUUAUACAAAGAAAGAACACAAUAGUUCGUGCAACAAGCGUUGUUGUGAUGAUGACCGAUGUUUCGUUUUUAAACAGGCAUUUCACGGGAGAGCAUUUCGACUCAUCGGCCAAUCAUAUAGCGAGAAUAGCGUGACGUCACUGUCAAGCGCAGGCCCCGCGAAUGGAUAGUGAGGGGAUCGGGAUAGUGAAUGUCAUUACGACAGCGAACCUACACCGGACGGGGCAAAAGCGAACGCAGUCGCGUGGAAGAGGAGGAGGAGGAGGAAGGGGGGGCGUCACCAAAUUUUCGAGAGGAGUCUGGCUGCAGCCGAGAGGAAAUUUUCGCAUUCUGUAAAUGGUGUUCCUUGCUACAUCCACCACAUGGUGGCGCUGCAUCAUUUAUAUUGAAUGGUUUCUUCUUCUGUUACUGAUUACUUUUUGUUGGAGUUAAUCUGCGAACACGUGUGUACGAACCGCUGAGCUCCCGAGUGGUAACAAUAGGAAAAGGAUGCGGUGCCCGGUGAAAGAGGACGAUGACUAGCUCUGAUGAGACCACCUCACCCCAGGCAAAGCAAAGGAGGGAAAUGGCCAGAAUGACAAAAACAGGGAAGCCGGAUACCUAUUGGAAGGAUGUCUGCUUCAAAUAUGCCAGGGGCCAAUUCCAUUUCUCAACUGGUAAACGGCCAGGGGCCAAGAAAUGGAAAACGGCCUUGGCGAAAAUUGAAGAAUGCCCCCUGAAGAACAGCCACACUAAGGAUCUGAUUGGGGGAAACCUUCGCUGCACCUGUGGGUUCCAUGCGUCAUUAGGCGCUGGGUCCAGUAAGUCACCAGGAGGAGAUCAGAUGGAGGCUGGGCGAGCCCAAGUCAGCACUGAGCUGCGCAGCUCACCAACAGCACAGUCACCAACGCCGGCAGUACUGUUUCUAAAGACAGCGCCAUCUUUGCUCUAUCUUUCAUGUAGCUCUGCAAAGCCACCACAAACUGCAGCUCCACUUGAAUCGGUAACAAUCAACUGGAAAAGUUUUCUUCCUGAGCAAUGUCGGAAAGCCAUCCAGGAAGCAGAUCAGGAGUGGAUUGCCAAGUGCCUAUAUGAACCUACAGGACAGCUGAAGCAAAAAAUCCAAGCCAGCUGGUUUCAUCCCCCACUGGAGCCCAAACCAUGUCCUCCUGAGCCUGGGUGGUAUUACCGGCAAAGGCUGUUUAUCUGGGCACCAAUGAGGAUGUGGGGGAUUCCUUUAAAAUGCCCAUGGUGUUCUUGCGAAAUGAGCAAUUCCGGGAUUUAUGGAAAUGUCAGAGAGGUUAUUGAUGUGGACAGUCGCUACUACCUGGUGGGAGGCGACUAUCCAUAUUGCAACAAAUGCUCUCUGCCAGUCUGCCCCUGGAGCCAGGACCUGCUCUCCCAGCUUGAUGUUGUGCACAGGAGUAAGUUUCCUGCUGUCUUCACAGCACACCUGGCUCUCGACAGAAAAUGCAUGACUUUGCUGAAGCCGAGGACCAACGGUAACAGCUCCUACUUCCAGUCUGCAAUUGAGGAAGCACACAGCGAUGAGUGGGCACGUCAGACCAUUAGCUACUUUUCAGACUGUGAACACCAUAAGAAAAUGGCUGCAGUCCUGCCCUCUGCUGUUGUUUAUCUUCCUCCACCUCCCUUCAGGCCCCUUCCACGUACUCAAUGGUUUGACACAGUCCACUCUAAUGAGAUAAGCCAUCUUGAUGAAUUGAAGGGCGUCAUCACGUCAACUUAUGGGCGGAUAUUUAAGAUCGAUUCAACAAAGAAGGAGGAAGAUGAGGAGGAAGAUUGCGCCACACAAGUGGAGGUGAAGGCGGAGGAGGCAAAUUGCACCAUACUGGCUAAUGCUCCAAAUGAUCAGUUGUCAAGAUGUGACACUGAAUCUGAGGUCCUCGCCACGGAGACCAGCCAAUGUGACUCCAGAGGAGUUGUAGGCUGGGAGGCUGUUGACGCUCUGGCAUCCUACUUUGUUAACCUGAACCGCACAAUGACCGCUUUGUCAACCAGGGAGGAGAUGGACAUAGUCCGCCUGUACACAGCUCUUCAUGACAUGGACAAGGCACCUUCAAGAAACACCCAGAAUGAUAGAAAGAAGGCACAGGUUUCAGCAGGACCAAGGAGAGCACCAAGGAAGCCGAGUGGCUCUGCUCCUGGACAGCAGGCGGCAGCAAGACUCCACAUGACUCACGACCAAGCAGCCCAAGACCCUGAAGUUGACAGAGUCAGUGAGUGUGUUUGCCUCAGGCUUGCCAAAGAGUUCGAGCAAGCACGCAACAGGCCAAAGGACACAAAGGGGAAAACCAUGCCCAUCCCUCAGUCUAUUGUCAGCAUCUACAGCCACCUCAGACAGCUGCUCGAGGACAGCAAGGUUGUGCGGAACAAGACAAACUUAGUUCUGGUGCCAGUAAACAAUACCACCGUCUCUUCAUGGCUGCUUAGAAGGGAUAAGAGGAAGGACAGGGACAUGCUGCAGCAAGGCACUGUACCUCCAAAACCGCUGCACCUGCCCAAAGAGCCUGUUCCGGCAGUGAACGCAAUCCCGGCAGCCCCUGUGGAAAAUGCAGAUGAAGUAAUGACAUUUGAAGACCAUGAGGAAGAAGCUUUCCCCCACCAGCGCACUCUGGCAGCCAGCGUGGAACCUGAGUGUUCUCAGCCUGUGUUCUACCCUCCACAGUACGGGCCACCUCCUCAGUUCGAGUAUCCUCCAUUUUAUCAUGCUUCCCCAGCUCUGCACUCUCAGUUUGCCCAGUAUACUCCAUCCACACAAGCUCCUCCUGGGCAGCCACCUCCUCCAUACCAGUAUCCUCCAUGUCAUCAUGCUUCCCCAUUUCCUCACUCUCAGUUUGCCAAUUAUCCACCAUUUACACAUGCUCCUCCAGUGCAGCAUCCUCCUCCAGUACAGCAAGCUCUGUCAUGUCCUGGUGCGCCUCAAGCAUGCCUUCCAUCCCAGUCCAGGCAACGUAAAUGGAGGCUGCAUAAAGCUGCCCUUGAGGAUGAAGAACUUGUGUCAAAUGGGGAACCACCAAAGAAAAGGCGGUCAAAGGAAAAUUAUACCUAUACAUGCAAGCAGUGUGGCCAGGACAAAAGUAAAAGGACUGGACACACCCAGGUGAAGGGGCGAUGGUACUGUCCUGCCUCAGGACUGACAAUAGACGACUGGAAGAAAAAAUUGCAGUAGUAGUUGGUGUCACCAAAAUUUGUGACUUUGUUAGUGACAUCCUGUUUGCACACUUUCAAUUGUAUUUAAAUUUUUUUUUUUUUUUUUUAUACAUAAUGAGUAAACAUUCCUUCAAAAAAAAUCUCUUGUGUUACUAUGUCGUCAGUGAAAUAAGCGUUUGUUUUUGUUUAUUUCAGCCACGAAUAGACUUAAUGUUAUUAUUACUUGUUUUAUUCCGAAUUUAUUUUCAUUGAGCAGAAAUGCAUAAUAAUCAUUCAAACAUAAAAUAAUCUUGCAAAUUAAAAUUUUUGAAAAGAUGAGAGGAUAUAUCAUGAAAGAGCCAUCUACAUUUACGUAAACUCAAUGUUUUGGUUUUACUAGGACUGGUACGUCUCACGUGCUGCGUUGGAUCAGGUAAGCGGAGUAAAGCAAA